GGGGAUGGCGGGGCCCGCGGCGCGGAGCGGCUGAGCCCAGCCCCGGAUCUGCCGGCGGCCCAGGAUGGGCUCCGCCGUGGACCCCAAGGUCCAACAGGCCCUGCGGAAGAAGCCCCCGGAGCGGAGCCGCGAGGACUUAAAUAUUAUCUAUACUUAUCUUCAUGGAAUGGACAUAUUGUCACAUCUCAGGGAACAUCAGCUAAGAAUAAUGUCUUCAAGUGCCCGCUAUGAAAGAUACAAGGGAAACCAAGUUCUCUUUUGCUCAGAAACAAUCGCCAGAUGUUGGUACAUUCUUCUUUCCGGAUCUGUGCUUAUGAAGGACUCCAUGUUUUUACCACCAUGCAGUUUUGGCAAGCAGUCUGGAGGAAAGCGAGGAUGCGAGUGUAUUGUACUGGAGCCUUCUGAAAUGAUUGUGGUGGAGAACUCCAAAGACAAUGAAGAAAAUAUCUUACAAAGAGAAGUUCCCAUCAGACAGUCUCGGCGAAGGUUCAGGAAGAUUAAUCAACGGGGAGAACGCCAGACCAUCACUGACCAUGUGGAUGCUAGCAGUUAUCUUUCGCUUCCAGCAGAUCUUACCAAGAUGCAGAUUGCAGACAAUCCACAUCCACAGGUGACUCAUGUCCCUUCCAGCCAGUCUGGAUGUAGCAUUGCCAGUGACUCUGGGAGCAGCAGCUUGUCUGAUAUAUAUCAGGCUACAGAAAGUGAGAUGGGAGAUGUAGAUUUAACAGGCCUCCCAGAAGCACCUGUGGACUCUGAAGAUGAAGAGGAGGAGGAAGAUGAAGAUAUAGACAGAACUUCAGAUCCAUUACUGGGGCGAGACGUUGUACGAGAGUGCCUUGAAAAAGAACCUGCAGAUAAAACGGAUGAUGACAUUGAGCAAUUACUGGAAUUUAUGCAUCAGCUCCCAGCUUUUGCAAACAUGACCAUGUCUGUGAGAAGAGAGCUUUGUUCAGUUAUGAUAUUUGAAGUGGUAGAACAAGCAGGAGCCAUCAUACUUGAAGACGGACAAGAACUUGAUUCUUGGUAUGUUAUUUUAAAUGGCACUGUGGAGAUCAGCUAUCCAGAUGGGAAAACUGAAAAUCUCUGUAUGGGAAAUAGUUUUGGGAUUACUCCUUCUCUGGAAAAACAGUAUAUGAAUGGAGUGGUUAGAACCAAAGUAGAUGACUGUCAGUUUGUAUGCAUAGCCCAGCAAGAUUAUUGGCGCAUUCUGAACCAUGUGGAAAAAAACACUCAUAAAGUUGAGGAAGAAGGAGAAAUUGUUAUGGUAAAGGAGCACAGAGAGCUGGAUCGCAGUGGAACCAGGAAAGGACACAUAGUUAUUAAGGCAACACCUGAGCGACUCAUCACACAUUUAAUAGAAGAGCAUUCCAUCGUUGAUCCAACAUAUAUAGAAGACUUCCUUUUAACAUACAGAACAUUUCUCUCAAGCCCCUUGGAAGUUGGGGAUAAGCUCUUGGAGUGGUUUAAAGUAGAUAGCCUCAGGGAUAAGGUUACCAGAGUGGUCUUAUUGUGGGUAAACAAUCAUUUUAAUGAUUUUGAAGGAGAUCCUGCUAUGACACGUUUUCUGGAAGAAUUUGAAAAAAACUUGGAAAAUACGAAAAUGAAGGGGCACCUCAGGUUGUUGAAUAUUGCUUGUGCUGCCAAGGCAAAAUGGAGGCAGAUUACCCUGCAGAAGGCUUCCAGAGACUCGCCUCUGUAUUUCAGCCUCCUGGGAGGAAGUGAGAAGGGUUUUGGUAUAUUUGUAGAGACUGUAGAAACAGGCAGCAAAGCAGCAGAAGUUGGGCUGAAGCGUGGCGAUCAGAUAAUGGAAGUAAAUGGGCAGAACUUUGAGAACAUUACGUUUGUGAAAGCCCUUGAAAUCUUGAGGAACAAUACUCAUCUUUCCAUUACAGUAAAGACAAACAUUUUUGUGUUUAAGGAGCUGCUUAGCCGGAUAGGCCAGGAGAAAAACGGAGUCCCACAUAUUCCAAAAAUUGCAGAAAAGAAAAAUAACCGUUACUCCAUCCCAGAUAUGCCAGGAGACAUGGAACAGAUAUUUCCACGUGAGAAAGGAAACAAGAAAAUGAAAGCAAACACUGUAUCUGGUGGAAGAAAUAGGAUCAAGAAAAUUUUAGACAAGACUCGUUUCAGCAUUUUGCCCCCAAAACUAUUUAGUGAUGGCAGUGUAAGUCAAUCCCAGGAUGACAGCAUUGUUGGAACAAGGCAGUGCAGACACAGCCUGGCCAUCAUGCCUAUCCCUGGAACGCUUUCAUCCAGCAGCCCGGACCUUUUGCAGCCUACAACCAGCAUUCUUGAUUUUUCUAAUCCUUCAGCGGUUGGUUUUUACUAUAUUCCAGAUCAAGUUAUUAGAGUUUUCAAAGCAGAUCAACAGAGUUGUUACAUUAUCAUCAGCAAAGACACUACAGCGAAAGAAGUUGUGAGUCAUGCUGUGCAUGAAUUCAACUUGACGGGUGCGUCAGAGACCUACUCUCUCUGCGAGGUGUCUGUUAGUCCUGAGGGAGUCAUCAAACAAAGAAGGCUUCCAGAUCAGUUCUCAAAAUUAGCAGACAGGAUUCAGCUCAAUGGAAGGUAUUAUCUGAAAAACAAUAUGGAAACAGAGACCUUAUGCUCAGAUGAAGAUGCCCAAGAGCUGCUCAGAGAGAGCCAAAUAUCUCUUCUUCAGCUGAGCACCAUUGAAGUGGCAACUCAGCUUUCAAUGAGAGACUUUGAAUUAUUUCGCAACAUUGAGCCUACUGAAUACAUUGAUGACCUUUUUAAGCUGGACUCAAAAACAGGAAAUGCUCACCUGAAACAAUUUGAGGAUGUCAUUAACCAAGAGACAUUUUGGGUUGCCACAGAAAUUUUAUUAGAGCCCAACCAGCUCAAAAGAAUGAAAAUUAUUAAACAUUUCAUUAAAAUUGCCCUCCACUGUCGAGAAUGCAAGAACUUCAAUUCCAUGUUUGCAGUUAUAAGUGGGCUAAAUCUGGCAUCGGUAGCACGACUCAGAGGUACCUGGGAAAAAUUACCUAGCAAGUAUGAAAAGCAUUUCAGAGACCUUCAGGAUCUUUUUGAUCCAUCUAGAAACAUGGCAAAAUAUCGCAAUAUUCUUAGCAGUCAGAGCAUGCAGCCUCCAAUUAUUCCACUCUUCCCCGUUGUCAAGAAGGAUAUUACAUUUCUACAUGAAGGAAAUGAUUCCAAAGUGGAUGGCCUGGUAAAUUUUGAGAAACUCAGAAUGAUUGCCAAAGAAAUCCGGCAAGUUAUCAGAAUGACCUCUGCUAACAUGGAUCCGGCUGUAAUGUUCAGGCAAAGGAAGAAGAGGUGGAGGAGUUUGGGGCAGACUAUGCAUGUUUCAGGGCUUGACAGCAGGUGCCACCAACAUAGAGCAAGGUCUCUGAGCCAGGGCAGCACAAACUCAAAUAUGCUCGAUGUUCAAGGAGGUGCUCACAAAAAACGUGCCCGACGCAGUUCGCUCCUUAAUGCCAAGAAGCUAUAUGAGGAUGCCCAGAUGGCCAGAAAGGUGAAGCAGUACCUGUCCAACCUGAAUGUAGAAACUGAUGAGGAAAAAUUCCAGAUCAUGUCACUUCAGUGCGAGCCUGCAUAUAGCACUUUGACAAAGAAUUUAAGUGAGAGAAGAGGUGGGAAAUCCUCAGAAAUGUCUCCAGUACCCUUGAGGUCAGUUGGCCAAACCACAAAAGUUCAGCAGCAUCAGCAAAACAGAAUGAGCCAAGUUCUUCAAGUUCCUGCUGUUAAUUUGUAUCCCAUUAGAAAAAAGGGACCAGCAAAGGACCACGUCACUUUUAAUACAGGUUCUCCUCAGAAGUCAUUAAGUUUGUCGGAGGAAGUAAGUAAGAAACCAGCAGAAGAUGCUGUGUCUAUGGCAUCUUCUUUGCACUCCAGUCCUCUUGCAUCUCCUCAGGGCUCUCCACGCAAAGUUGGUAACAUCCAGAGGUCUGAUAAUUGCAGUCAGAUGAAUCUUUCUGGAUCCUCUUCAUCGCUUGCCAGUGAAACCAGUAACAAGAACAGUGGGCAACGCAGCUAUGGAAUAGGCUAUGCUCUCAUACCUUCUGCCAAGUCAGAUAAUUUCUCAGACUCCAGCCACAGCGAGAUCUCCUCACGGUCCAGCAUAGUGAGCAACUGCUCUGUCGACUCCAUGUCUGCAGCCCUCCAGGACGAGAGGGGUUUGCCCCAGUCUCUUAGUGUCGUGGAUUCAGUGGGAACAGAAAGAAAAGAACAUCCUCCACCAUCGGCUGAGUACAGUCAGCCUUGCCCAGGUUGGCCCUUCCCUAGACCGGCUAUAAUCAGAGGAUUGGCUGUCACAUCGUCCAUGAGCAAUGAGGAGAUCUCCCAUGAACAUAUUACAAUAGAAGCAGCAGACAGUGGCCGUGGAAGCUGGACUUCAUGUUCAAGUAGUUCUCAUGAUAACUUCCAGAAUAUCCAAAUUCAGAAAAGCUGGGAUCUCUUGAAUUCUUACCGCCACACUCACUUGGAUGGACCUAUUGCUGAAGUAGAACCCACAAACUGUUACCCUGAAGAGGCGUAUUUGUAUUCCGAAGCCUUUUCCAAAAAUAAUAGGCAGUCCAAAACCAGCGUGGAAUUGGAUCAGUCUCGGCAGAGCUGGGCCUCCUCUAGCUCUCUGUCAGACACGUAUGAAACAAACUAUGGGACGAUUAAACGGAGAGGGCUGGAGAACUCAACAAUGGAGCAGACUGAGAUUUUGGACUCUAAACCAGGCACUGAUGCAACUUAUAAAACUGUUACUUCUAGUACAGAAAAGGGCCUAAUAGUGUACUGUGUCACCUCACCUAAGAAGGACGAUAGGUAUAGGGAGCCACCGCCCACCCCUCCGGGAUAUAUGGGGAUUUCUUUAGCGGACAUAAAGGAAGGAUCGCCCCACCACCCACACUUAAAACCUCCAGACUAUAGUGUGGCAGUGCAGAGGUCAAAGAUGCUACAUAGUGACCUCCCUAGACUUUCAUCAGCUUCUCUCAGUAGUGAACCAGUGGCCUGUAUUUCAUCGAAGAUGCCUCAGUGGCAUACCCGGCAGCCGUCCCAUCCUAAACUAACAGAUAUGACUGACGCAGAUAGUGAAGAGGAUGAAGAUGAACAAGUAUCAGCAGUCUAAUCAUACGGAUUUCUGUGUAAACCACUUCAAAUCACAGGGGACAUGGGAAGAAGGACCAUAUGAUUCUGUUAGCUUGUGCUAACAACUUGCUGCUACUAACCUCAAAGGUUGUAUAAGCCUCUGUCAUGGACAAGAUGAACCUGGCUGGAUCAUACAUCUUUAACUUACUUCAGUGUACCACAGUCUAAGAAAACAAUUCAUGUCUGCGAGAGAGAGAACAGUUUCCAAGGGGAGUAGUGACUGUCUACGUACUGAACAUCAGUAUCCUGAAAAGGACCAGUUUUAACACAUUUGGGACCACCAAUUGUCAAGAACCACUUGAAACUUGGGAGCAUUAUUCUAUAUAAUACCAUAUAAUCCUUUGGUAGAUUUCUGUCAUAAUUAUUUUCUACCUGAUCAUUAUAAUUGUAAAUUGGAGAGUGUUAUUUUAUGUACUUAUUAAAAAAAAAAAAAAAACCAUCAAAAUUUCAGCAAAAUCAAGGACACUGCUGCAGUAUAUGAAAAGUAAUUUAUUGGUCUGUAGUUUUUAGAGGGAUUUUCUUUUAUCUGUGCUGGGAAUGCUCUGGCUGGCUAAUGUGAACACGUAAAAGAAAAUUGGAGACUUCACAACAGACGCAUAAACCCUGGAGCCUACACAACGCAACGUUAGUUUAUUCAGAAAUACCCGGAUUUUGUGGUGUGCACUAGAUGUAAAUACGAUGAAAACCCGAAUACAGCAAUGAAACACUGCCAUCUGUUGGUACUGCCUUAAAAAUCUGUAAAAUACCGAUGAAAGCCUUUAAUGAUCAGGCUGCAGAGAAAGUCACAGGAGUUCAUCACUGCAUUCUCCCCAGAGUAAAGGUUUGAAAUAGGGAGGCUGCAGUUUCUGUGGAGGUAUUGAGUAUAUUCGAAAGUCUCCAAGCAGAAUUGCACCCAACUUUUUGAAUUGCAGAGUGCAGCAUAAGAAACGCAUUGGUAGUCACCAAAAGGAAAAGUAGUGUGCAGCAGGCUCAGGAACAUUUGAUAUUUUUAUACUCGUACCAAAAAAAUUACACAGAAAUAAGUUGUUUCUGCUUCCGUUAUGGAGUAAACCCCAGGGUUGCAUAGGCGUUAAAGUAAUGGGGGAGGGAAGUCUCCAGUCUGGUCUGCAGGGCUGGUAUUGCUCUUGUUCGCGGGUGAAAUACAACAUACAACUGAUUCUGCAAACGUAGUGUUCACUGAAAUCUAUGAGAGCUUUGAUUUCAGCGGGGCCAGUACUCAGCCACAGUGAUCUUGUACAAUUAGGAUAAACUCCCUGGCUUUCUUCAUUUUUACUUAGCCAAUCAGAGUACAUGGGGUAAAACUGGAAAUACUUGCAUUUCCUUUCAGUCUGGCACAUGGUGGCCCAAUCAGCUGUUAAAACUGGACAUAAAUGUGUGAAUAUGUACUUUAACAUUCUCAUUGUAAAUCGUAAUGGUGAUGUUUACAAUCUAAGCUAGAAAGAAGAUGUUCGUCAUUUUUACAGGUGCCUCAAAGAAAUUGUUUCUGUAUCUAAAUUGUGAAGAGCUUUAAGAUUUUUUUUUUUUUUUUUUUGGUCUCCUCUUUUCUUUUCCCCCCUACUCCUUUCCUGGUGCAGAACGAAUGCAGCAUUUUCUAAAAAUGACACAAGUACCAAAAACAACCAAAAGCCUUUGACGUGCAUUGCCCAUAUCAACUCGGGGUUGAUGUUAGCUAACACAGGAAUGUGUUCGAUCAAGCUUAUAUUUGUCUUCAUAUUUGUGCCAGUUGAAAUAUUAUCCUAUGGCUGGAACAUACCUUAGAUUGAUUCUUGUAUCCUGAAGUCAUAAAUUAGUCACAAGCACUAAUUUGAAAAAGGGGAUGCCUAAUUCAUAAUUAAUUGUUUGACUGCGUGUUAAUUUUGGGUCUGAGCAUCUGAGGAAGGAAUAGCUGAAAAAAAUCCUUUUGAAAAGCAGAUUACCCAUUUCCGUUCAGCCUUCUCAAGGCCUUAAUGAAUGCAGUAGACUUGUGCAGGCCUUAAUGAAUCAAGAUUAAUAAACAUGUCAAAAUGAUCCAAGGAAAAACUAUUCUGUUCAGUAUCUGUAAAGUUGAUAUCGAAGUCCUUAAAAUUAUCUUUUUUGGGCUAUAAAUUGCAAAUUCUAGUAAUCCUACAGUAAACUGUAGUCAAUUGUUAACGUCUCAGUGUUGUGCACAAUAGGCUUAACGUUUAAUCAGAAAAUCAUGUGUUUUGUGCCAGAUAAAUUAAGGUUUCAGUGACUUCAGCUAUUGAUAUGUAGUUUAUUUCAGCCUGUUAAGCCAAAAGGAGUAAAGGUUUGUUCUUGAGGUGACCACCUGUCUUUCAGAGGGGCUGAUACUACUUCUUCUACUGAUGUCGGUGGCAAAACUCCCAGUGACUUCAGUGGGAGCAGCAUGGAGGCCCUCAUCUGGUAUCCAUUAAGCCAGCCAUUUGCUAUCAUUUACUCAUUUAAACUUGGUGUUUGCACAUCAACAGCAUCAGCCUCUUCAGCAGUAAUUGUCAGGACAUUGCUUUUAAAGUGAGUGUGAAAGUCUUGCUUCAUCAGAGUUUCCUAAUAUACAGUACGUCUAGUGUAAAUAAAUCAUGCAUAAACUAUUGAUAAAUGAGCUACUUUUUCUGCUUCUUCUGACUUGCACAGUGUGGCUUGCCUCUGCUUGUCCUUGCUGUGAUUUUGUUUGUUUGAACUCAACUGAUCACAUUGAUCGGGGACAAUAGCCAAAUGUAGUACGUCUUGUGUGGGUUUGAAGAGACAUUAUCCCUUUUUUUUUUUAGUUUUGAAAAUUGAAUUAAGACACUGCUUAAUUCACAUUUUACUUUGUUCUGUUCAAGUGGUAUUUCAUGAAACCAUAAAGUGUGAGCAAAUAACCUGUGCUGCACUCCAUCCUCAUAUCACUUCUUUCCCUUUUCACAAUCCUGACCUCUGAGGAGCGCAAUGUCCUUCUCAUAUUUUUCUUCCCCUUACGCAAAUUAAUUUGCUUGCUGCUCCAGUAACUAUUUGUGUGCUUGUAACUGUUGUGAGGGCAAUGUUUACUGGUUGUGAUCUGAGACGCAUUGUAGCAUUUCAUUGUGUUUUUUAAAUCUCAAUCUUUCCAAGAAUUUACAAAGCCACGUAGUACCCUUAAGUGAAUUGGCCUCCACACAUUUGCAGAUGAAAUUAGGAAACUGAGCUUCUGAUGCACUCAUUUGCAUAUUGUGCAAGUACAGGGGACUAAAGGGGAAUUGCUUGGGAUAUUUGCUAUAUGCUUGUGUUAAGCUUUUUGUGGUAAGAAGAAUGGAACGACUGGCAAUCAUUGCAAGAUUGGGAAGAUGAGGCAUUUUCAUUGCUAAUCUGCUUAGCCCUUAGCUAUGGAAGUAGUGUGGCACGGCCCAUGAUGCUUCUUAUCUAGGAGAUGAUUACAGGGGGAGACAUGGCUUCCUUCUAACUCGUUACACAUCUUGAUUGUGUGAUGCUCUGAGUGUCAUCCUUGCCUAUUCAAAGCAUUGAGAGGUGGAUGUUGGCCAGGACUUCUUUGGACUGAGUCCAUGGAAACGUCCUUUGCUGAAGGAAUCUGUACGUUAGCAGCUCCCUCAAAGAUAAAUCUCUCUCUCUUUCUCUCUUUUUGCUCCUCCUCUAUCUCUGAAAUCACUUGAUUGCAGGCAACAAUGCAAAUGAAUGACUGUCAGUUUAAGCUUUUUCUAUACAUGCGUUAGAACUAGAUUUUUUAAAAAACUGUUCUUACCACUGCCUUCAGAAAAAACAGAGUAAAAAAGGGAUACUCUCUCUUUAGAAAACCUUUACACAUUGUAUUUAAAAUAUGUUGGGGCGUGGAGGGGGCGAGGGCAAAACCCUCUGGAUUUCACAGUUCAGCUUUAGCGUAUGUUGUGCUUUUUAUUGUUUUAUCUUUUUUUUUAUACCUGGAAUGCAGUUUAGCUUGGUAUUAAUGACAUUCUAAAUAUGUGAGCAUAUUGGCAAAAACUGCACAGAUGUAAUGAUAUUCCAAUAGCAAUUGUACUGCACAAGUCAGUGAUUGUAAAGUAUUCUGUAACAAGCAAUGUUUGUCUCCUAUUUUUUUAUACCUAUUACUAUUAUGUCUUUUAGAAAGACAGUGCCUCUGUAUGCUUUUUGUAUUUUUACUGAGUGAUUGUAAAUAUUUGUUAUAUUUUUGGUUAAGAGAAUGUUUAAAAGUCCUGUUUAUUAUCCAAUCUACUAAUAUGUUGGGAUCAAUAAACAAUCUA